UCUCGCGAUACUUGGUGUCACGUGGUGCGGAUGCCCUUCCACACGCCGCUACAGGAAAACAUGGCUGCCCUCUUGAGAUCAGCCCGGUUACUCAGACUCUCGCCUUCGGGCUUGCUUAACAUCGCGGGGACGAACAGAACCGGGCCGCCGCUCGGCCGCCUGUACAGCGGGGCUCUCGGCGGAAGCAGAACCGGAGCAUGUUCCCGUCUCACCCGCCCUGCGCGGGAUAGCGUCUCCAUCAGUCGCGUGUGGCCGUAUACGGCGGGGUCUUUGCGUGGCUAUUCUCUGGCUACAGACGAGAAGGAAGAUGGCAGUGUUAUGGUGCGGUCCAAGCAGGCUCAGCAGUUCGACUGGGCUCUGGCCAAGCUGGACAGCUCCGUGAGGAGGACAGGCCGCAUCACCAAGACGCUGCUGCUCCGCAUCUUCCAUGACAUCUGCAGGACAGGUUAUCCCAGUAGUAACCAGGCCUUGUUGCUGCUGCGUAGCUGUGGGUCGCUGCUGCCAGAGGUGCCUCUGGAGGAACGCACUGUGCUGGCACACCGGGUGUGGGAGAAGCUGCAGGAGCUGGGUGCACAGUUUGAUGUUAGUCACUACAACGCCCUGCUGAAGGUUUACCUGCAGAAUGAGUUCAAGUUCUCUCCCACUGACUUCCUGGCCAAGAUGGAAGCAGCUAAUGUCCAGCCCAACAGAGUUACCUACCAGAGACUCAUAGCAGCCUAUUGCCAAAAUGGGGAUAUCGAGGGAGCCAGCACCAUACUGGGUUUCAUGAAGACCAGAGAUUUGCCCAUCACUGAGGCAGUUUUCAACUCUCUGGUGACAGGCCACGCUCGAGCAGGUGACAUCGAGAGUGCUAAGAACAUCCUGCCUGUGAUGCGAGGAGCGGGAAUUGAACCAGGUCCUGACACUUAUGUAUCACUGCUUAAUGCCUACGCUGAAAAGGGAGACCUGGACAGUCUGAAGAAGGCCAUGGAUGAAGCAGAGAGUGCAGACUGCAGUCUGAUGGACAGGGACAUCAUGCAGGUCAUCUUCACUUUGGCCAGGGCCGGACACCAGGAGCACAUCCCAGACAUGGUUGAGCGCUUAAGGCACGAGAGGGGUUAUGUGCCAGAUGCUAUGAACCUGUGUCUGAGCCUGAUCACGCAGGGCCAGGAAGAAACGUCUUUUCACAUCCUGAAGAGUUUCUCCACACUGGAGCCUGAUAAUUUCAACUCUGAUUCCUCAAACAUGGGCAACUUCUUCCUCAGACACUGUGUCAACAUGGACACGUCAGUGGAGAAGCUCACUAAAUACUGUAAAGAGCUCCAGGAGACAAAGCGGCACUUUGCCCCGCUCACCUUCUCUCUGCACUGUGCUCUGGAGGCCAAGAAGACUGGUUUGUCUCUAGAGCUGAUGAAGAUAUUGAAGGAGCAAGGCUUUCCCAUAAGGCCACACUAUUUCUUCCCCCUCUUCAUUCAGAAUUCGAAGGACAACAACUCUGCUGGUAUAACGGAGGUGCUGAAGAGCAUGCAGGAACUUGGCGUGUCCCCGGACGCUGAGACUUUGUCCAUCUACAUCCUCCCUGCCUUCCCCAGCACAGAGGCAGCUCGACAGGCGCUCACGGAUGCUGGCAUCCCUCUGGACACUGAGAACUUCUUGACUUUAGAGGUUCGCGCCUUGGCAGUGAGCGACUUGGCAAAACUCUACACCCUAUUGUCAGAUCCGUCCUUCCCCCCGUUGGACCAUAACCACUUCCGCAGCAGCCUCAUCCUGGGCUUCAGAAAGUCUGAUGACGUGGAGAGCAUGGUAAAGAUUACGGAGCUCUUCUACAGAGACAAGCGCUUCACCAAGGAAGGCUCCAAGCCUGCUGAAGAAACAUCCUACUUCUUGUACAAUCUGUUCGACUCCAGGACAGAGGGCAUAGUGCAGGCACAGGAAGAAAAACUGCGGAAAUAUUUAAAUCAGCUACAUGCUCAGAAUAUAAAAAUUCCACUAAACAUCUACAAAGGUAUCAAGAACGUGCUGGAGUCUUAUAAUGUCCCAGAGCUCAUCAAGGAUGUGAUGGCGCUGGUGGAACCCAAAGACGAACGUGGCUCUGUGUCAGCUGCUCCCCGUUUUACUGUUAUUGAGGGUAAGGUGUUGGCGCUUGAGAAUAAAUUAGCUGAACUGAAAGCAGAGAACAAACCAUUGGGCACCAUUCUCAAACAGACCAUCCAAGCUCUCUGUGCCGAGGAGAACCUGCAGCGCGCCCUCGAGCUGAAGCAGCAGCAUGAGGAGAUGAUGAUUGUUGGUAGCUACGCCACCCUAAUCAACCUGUGCUGUCGCCAAGGAAAUGUGGAGGAGGCGCUCCACCUAAAGAGGGAACUGAGUCGUAAGGACUCAUCAGUAGUGCUGGAUUCCAGUAAAUACAUUGCACUGGUCAAGGCGCUCUCCAAGAAUGACAGAGUGGAGGAACAAGUGCAUCCUGUCACCCAGUGA